AUGAUAUUAUUCGAGAUGAUUGAAUUCUUCGGCGUUAUUAACAAGAAAUGGACGAUCAGUAAACCCAUUACCACGUUGGACACUCUGAUCCAGUUUAUGGAUAAGUUCCACUUUAAUGCUAUACAACUCGGAGCCAAUCCAACUCAAUUUUUGUUUUAUCAUCCUGAUGGUGAACGUUAUGGUCUUUGUGAUCUUCGUACUUUAUCAUCAUCCAGCACCAAAUUUAAGGGUGUUCAAUUGCAUCAGAUGAAUGAAGAAGAUAUUGAUGAACGAGUAAAAACCUUUAACAUAUAUCAAGCUGAAUUAGGCAUAGAAAUAUCAUUAAAAAAAAAGAAAAAGAAAACCAAACCCAAAAAAUAA